GGGCGGUUCAGUCCCGCGGGCCGCCGCCGCCGCCGUCGAGGGGGAGAGACAGAGAGGGGCAGUGGUUUUGAGUUCAGAGUGAGGCCAGGGGGGCGGCGGGGAGUGGAGUAGAGGAGGGGGAAGAAGGGAGGAAGGGGGUCGUGGGUCGCCGUCGCCGGCGGAGCAUGUCGUCGCUGGGGACGUCCAAGGGGGUUCUGGAGAUCGCCAAGUUCGGCGUCUACGUCUCCGUGCCCGUCGCGCUCACCUACCUCGUCGCCACCGACUCCAAGACGCUCAAGAAGCUCAUGGGCCUCCGUCCGUAUGUGGUUUAUCCACCUGAAGGUCCACGACCACCACCGCCCGAAGAACUUCGUGAGAGGGCUCGGGAAAUAGCUCGGAAGAGGCAGCAGAGCUGAGUGGAUUGGUGACUAGGGAACAUCACAGAUCAUAAAUCCAGCUCACAGAAAUGGUAGAGAAUGUCACUCUGGUUGUUGAUAUGGAACAUUUGUUUGGCCCUGGUCUGUAACAUCCUUUUGCUGCUGUUGUCGUAAUAACAUUGAAGUGGCUGUGGGUUAUCUGCUUUGAGCUGUGAGAAUUGCCUACAUGUAAUUCACUGUAUUUCUUGUUGGGAGCCAAUUCAAAUGGCACAUUUGAGUUCUAGGCUCUCCAUUAAAUGGUACAGAAUAAAAGAAAGGCCAUAUUUCGUA